ACGGUCGAGGAAUAUUGUCGUUGACAAAUUAUCCACUCCAACCUAUUAAACUUUGCCAUUUAUAAAGUUGUCCCUUUUGGAAAUUGCAGUAGUAGUUUGAUGAAUUUGGUAUCAUUUUAAGAACCCAAAAAAGGAAUUUUCUCAAAAGUUGAAUUUACUAGAACAUUAGUUGUUUCAUAUAAUUAGACAAAAAAGUUCUUGCAAUAUUCAUUCUUAUCCUAUCAGUUGUAAUUUUGUUAAAAUUCCAAUUUGUUGUGUUUUUGAGAAUUUGAAAGAAGAAAAUGGGAGCGUGUGGAUCAAAAACUAGAAGGUGCAUAGGAAUGAAUGAUCUUCAUAUGAAGAAACAUCAAGAAGGGAGGAACACUGUAUCUCACAAGCUCAAUAAGAUUGAACCAUCUUCUAAGAAUAUUUCUUGCUCCAUAACUACAUCCAAAGGAAAUGCAGAAUUUGACUCUGGGCCUGAGGUGAUGAUUGAAUCGGAAAGUAGCAAUGAUUUUCAUAGCGCGCAAGAUGUAUUUUCACAGAGUGGCAGUGGAUCUUUUUCAACUGUUAUUUCUCCAAGGUUUUAUGAUACUGUUUGUUGCAACAGUAAUGCUGCUUUUGAGUCCGCAGCAAAACAUGAACAAUCAUUUGCAAUUGCGGAACCAAAUAUUGUCAGAGAAGUUUCUGUAAAAAGAAAAUCUUCUAAGGAUCCUCAGCUGAAAUUGCACAAUCCUCAAAAUGAAAUGACGGUUCCACGCCCUAUUGAGAAAGUGUCUAGCAGAAACAUGGAUAAAAAUGCUGAAGGAGUUCAGCUCGAAAAGAGAAAAUCUGCAAUCCCAAGCUCACCAGGCACCAGAAGGAAAUCAUCUCUAACCAAAAUAUUAUCUUUUAAACGGAGAGAAGCCUAUUCAAAUUCUGCAUCAUUGUCGUCAAAGGCCUCUCUGCGAAGACCAGUCGCUGGUUCUCAAGUUCCAUGCAGCCCGCAGUCGGCUAAACUGUCCAACUCUUGGUCAUCAAUUGAGCCAAAUACUUUUAAAGUUCGUGGUAAAAGAUACAUUAGGGACAAGAAGAAAGAGUUUGCUCCAAACCAUGCUGCAUUUUAUCCUUUUGGGGUUGAUGUAUUCUUAUCACCACGAAAAAUUGAACACAUUGCACGUUUUGUGGAACUUCCAGCCGUUGAUUCAUCUGGAGUAGUUCCUCCAAUCCUUGUAGUAAAUCUUCAGAUACCAUUGUACCCUCCCACAAUCUUCAUAAAUCAACACAAUGGGGAAGGGAUGAGUUUUGUUUUCUACUUCAAGCUCUCAGAAAAUUACUCAAAAGAACUUCCAGUCCAUUUUCAAGAGAAUAUCCAGAGGUUAAUUCGUGGUGAAAUAGAGAAGAUCAGAGGUUUUCCUGUAGAUAAAAAUGUACCCUUCAGGGACAGAUUGAAAUUCUUGGCGCGAGUUGUAAACAUAGAGGAUCUUCAGUUAAGUGCAGCUGAGCAGAAGCUCAUGAACGCUUACAAUGAAAAGCCUGUGCUCUCACGUCCUCAACACGAAUUUUAUUUGGGAAAAAACUAUUUUGAGAUUGAUUUUGACAUUCAUAGAUUCAGUUAUAUCGCCAGAAAAGGAUUGGAAUCUUGUAAAGACAGAUUAAAGAACUUCAUCCUUGAUUUUGGUCUAACAAUUCAGGGAAACAAGACAGAGGACUUGCCAGAAAAUAUGUUAUGCUGUAUUAGAUUGAAAGAGAUAGACUACACCAAUUAUCAACAGCUAGGCUUCUGAAUUAAGUAUACAAAAAGUACGCGGCUCAACAUGGUGAACCUAUAUGACAGGUCGAAAAAACUACUCAUUUACUCUAUAGGAACUUAGACUCUCUCUCUCUCCUUAUGUGUGACUUAAUUACAAAAUAAGAUCAUGGUAUGCUUUUACGGGUGAUCUCGAUUUCUUAAGGAAUUUCUAGUCAUUCAGAUGACUAUGGUUUCACUCUUGCGAGUUUAAA